AUGAAGAAGCAUUCUCAUAUUUUACCAUUGUGUUUAUUUUUUCUUACUCUAUUUCUUUUAGUUCAAGCUAGACAUCAUUCUCAUAGAAAACAUAGGCAUUCUCAUUCUCAUAAGUCAAAUAAAACUUCACUUCCGCAACCGUCGCCUCCUCCUCGUGACGAUGGUAAUGGCGCCUACAAUAACAAUGCCUCGGGAAUUUUCGAUGUGAGAGCAUUCGGUGCCGUUGGAGAUGGAAUAGAAGACGAUACAGAAGCGUUUAAGACGGCAUGGGACAGUGCUUGUCAAAAUGAGUCACAAGUAGUUAAUGUUAUUCUUGUUCCUCAAGGCUUCUCGUUUGUCGUUCAGUCUACUAUCUUCACCGGUCCUUGUCAAGGUGACUUGAUAUUCAAGGUGGACGGCACUGUUAUGCCACCGGAUGGACCUGAAUCCUGGCCGAAGAACACCGGUAAGCGUCAAUGGCUGGUCUUUUACAGAAUCAAUGGAAUGUCAUUAGAAGGAAGUGGUUUAAUAGAUGGAAGAGGACAAAAAUGGUGGGACCUUCCAUGUAAGCCUCACAAGGGAUCAAAUGGAACAGCAUUAGGACCUUGUGACAGUCCAAUUGCGAUAAGAUUUUUUAUGAGUUCCAACUUAACAGUGCAAGGACUUAAGGUGAAGAACAGUCCUCAGUUCCAUUUCAGAUUUGAUGGAUGCAAUAAUGUCCAUAUAGAUUCAAUUUACAUUACAGCUCCAAAACUAAGCCCAAACACUGAUGGAAUUCACUUAGAAAAUGUCAAUGAUGUGAAAAUAUAUAAUUCUGUGAUUUCCAAUGGUGAUGACUGUGUCUCCAUUGGAUCUGGAUCCUAUGAUGUUGACAUAAAGAACAUUACAUGUGGACCUAGUCAUGGAAUUAGCAUAGGUAGUUUAGGAAACCACAACUCCAAAGCAUGUGUAUCAAACAUAACAGUGAGAGACUCAAUCAUAAAAAUGUCAGACAAUGGAGUCAGAAUCAAGACAUGGCAAGGUGGAUCAGGAACAGUAUCAGGAGUAACAUUCAACAACAUUAACAUGAUUAGUGUAAGAAAUCCAAUCAUAAUUGACCAAUUCUAUUGCUUAACCAAAGACUGCAUUAACAAAACCUCAGCAGUAUUUGUUUCAAACAUUCUUUACACAAACAUCAAAGGAACAUAUGACAUAAAAAGUCCUCCUAUGCAUUUUGGUUGUAGUGAUUCUGUCCCUUGCACCAACAUAACACUCUCAGAGAUUGAGCUUCUUCCAUCUCAAGGAGAUAUAGUGAAUGAUCCUUUUUGUUGGAAUGCUUAUGGAGAUUUGGAGACAUUAACUAUUCCACCAGUUUCUUGUUUGUUAGAGGGGAUUCCUCAAUCUUUGUUGGACUAUGAUGUAGGUCAUUGUUGA